CCUUUACCCUCGGUGGUGCCAUUAUUGCAGGUCCAAAGCGUUCCUGUCUUCUCCACCGAACACAGAUCGGUCGCCGGAGCUCACGGGGCUGGCGUCCGCGCACGCGCGGCGACCCAGCCGAGCCGGACCCGAAGGACGAGCGUGCGGCACGGGGCGUGCGCUCGGUGGCCGCGCUGUUCACGGGCAUCGCCACGGCCGACGCCGAGGACGCCCGCCACAUGCUCGACCACGUCGGCGCCGCCACCUGGUCCGGCUGCAUUGAGGAGGCGGCGUUCCUGGAGGCCGAGCUGCUCCAGUGCGCGGACGUCCGGGCAGUGUUGGCCGGCGCUGUGGCCACGCUCGCGGGCCUGCUGCUGGGCUCCCCGCUCUCCCGCCGCCGCCGCCGCUGAAGACGGCGACCUCACCCUGGACGCCGUCGUGCUGCUCGCGACAAUCGCGGAGCAGCCGGGCGGCGCACGCGCCGUCGCGGCGAGCUCGGAGGUGGUGACCCGGCUCGUGCACUUCCUCGGCGAGUCGGCGUCGCGGUCCGCCAAGGAGCACUGCGCGUCGCUGCUGGCGUCUCUAGGCCGGCACGGCGGGGGCAGGGUGCCGGCAUUGCUGGGCAAGCUGCCGGGCAUGGUGCCGGCGGUGUACGCGCGCAUCGCCGACGGGACCCCGCAGGCGGUCAAGAAGGCGCGCUGGCUGGUGAACGAGAUCCACCGGCACUACGAGCAGCGCCAGGCGUCGGCGGCUGAGCGGACGCCAUUAGCCUCCAAGGUCAGUUGCCGGCGCCCAUCUCCACCUAAAAUGCUAACCGAGGACGGCGACUCCUCGUCGGCAGGUCGGCGCAAGGUUGGGAAGGUCCGGACCCUGCCUCCUGCUCGUCACCUAAAUCCGACUCCCACUGAUAGGCCGUCCGAAUGGAUUACAAGAAUUGAAGAACCCGUAUGCACAGAUCAUUGCUUCUGGAGAAGAAAGUCUCACUAUCUUAUUGAGUGUUGCGCUGAAGAAUCUAGCAUUGCAGGGAAACAUGUCUUACAGACCUUAUCUUGGCGCCAAGAGAAUUUCUGAAAACAACUUUUUGUUGGUGUCGUGAGGAAAUGGGAAUUCAGGGGCCUCAGUGAUGACUGCCCUCUGCAGCAUAUUGAUCUUAUCCUAGCAGAUAACCAGGUAACAAUGCUACAUCCCCCUUUGUUUUCCAAGCGAUAGUACUGGCCGUUGCUUCUUCUCAAAUUCCGUAUUUACGCAAACAAAAAAACCCUGGCAACAUAUAUGCAGGGGAAUGCUAUGUAUGCUGAGAUACCAUCUGCUGAUGCUGAACGCCAUGAUUCUAUCAUCCAACCUUGAAAUAAUUACACCAUGAUUUGAUUCAGAGUGUGCAAUUACUACCGGAAACUGUGCAAAUGCCGUGUGCCAUGAUUUUGCCGUGCGCCUAAUCUCGGGCACACGGCAAAAUAGGCAUUUGCCGAGUGCAGCAAAAUCAACACCCGGCAAAACAAAGGCACACGGCAAACAAGGUAUUUGCCGUGUGCCAUUGGAGAAAGCUCACGGCAAAGCGCAGCACACGGCAAAUAUCAGACGUUUGCCGUGUGCUACACAUCAGACACACGGCAAACUGUCACCCACGUAACGGUCGUCCCCCACCCGUGUUUUGUUAGUUUGCCGUGUGUCUGGGCACUAGCACACGACAAAGUUUUUUUUUUCAAAAAAAGUGAUUCAACACUCCUAACUUUUUUGGUAUACACUUACUGUUCAUGGUACUUUAUGUUGACAUCUGGUAAUUUUUUUGGUCUAUUUGCUAUAUAUAAUCAUUUAAUUUCAUUAAACACAUUUGUUGUAAUUAAGUCCAAUUUGAACUGCAAAUGAUUUGAAUAAUAGAGUAAAAUUCAUCAAAAAAUCAUAUUCCUGUUAUUGAGUCCAAUUUGAGGCCGUAUCCAUGAAAUGGGAGACAAGUUCGAACAUCUUUUUCCCGAACCAUGACCGGGAACAUGUGGCGGAAAUGUUUUAAAAUUCUAUAAAUAACAUAUGAAGUUUAAAAAUCAUUAAAUUUUAUCACGAUAUCAUAUUUUCAUGUGCUGAGGCUAUGGUAAAAAUUUGAGAAGGUUUCGCAUAAGUUUGACGUAAACUUCUUACAUAUCGAAAUAUAUCCGGAGAAGAUCCAUUGAAUCGAGAAGGAAUCGUUCAGAUUUCGAGUCAAAUUGGGUUUUUCACUUCACAACUUUUUGUAUAUGCACUACCAAACUUAGAUUCCUUAAUGCCAAAU